AUGGAUCCCAACGCCAACGAGGCCGAGAAGAACAUCGAGAUAUGGAAGGUCAAGAAGCUUAUCAAGCGUCUUGAGGCCGCCCGUGGCAACGGUACCUCCAUGAUCUCGCUCAUCAUCCCUCCCAAGGAUCAGAUCUCCAGAGCUGCUAAGAUGUUGGCUGAAGAAUAUGGCACUGCCUCGAACAUUAAGUCGCGUGUCAACCGUCAGUCCGUCCUUUCGGCCAUUACCUCGACCCAGCAAAGGCUCAAGCUGUACAACAAGGUGCCUCCCAAUGGUCUUGUCGUGUACUGCGGUGAAAUCUUGACCUCCGAAGGCAAGGAGAGAAAGGUCAACAUCGAUUUCGAGCCUUUCAAGCCCAUCAACACCUCCCUCUACCUUUGCGACAACAAGUUCCACACCGAGGCUCUCGCCGAGCUUCUCGACUCCGACCAGAAGUUCGGUUUCAUCAUUAUGGAUGGUAACGGUGCCCUGUUCGGUACGCUUAGUGGAAACACCCGCGACAUCGUCCACAAGUUCUCCGUCGAUCUUCCCAAGAAGCACGGUCGUGGUGGUCAGUCCGCCCUGCGUUUUGCCCGUCUCCGUGAGGAAAAGCGUCACAACUACGUCCGCAAGGUCGCCGAAUUGGCCGUUCAGUGCUUCAUCACCAACGAUAGGCCCAACGUUGCCGGUAUCGUUCUGGCUGGUUCCGCCGAUUUCAAGAACGACCUGAACGCCUCCGACUUGUUCGAUCCCCGUCUUCAGACCAAGGUCGUCAAGGUUGUCGAUGUCUCGUACGGUGGUGAAAACGGCUUCAACCAGGCCAUCGAGCUGUCUUCCGAGACCCUCGGAAACGUCAAGUUCAUCCAGGAGAAGAAGCUCAUCGGCAAGUACUUCGAGGAGAUUAGCCAGGAUACCGGCCGCAUCUGCUACGGUAUUGAGGAUACCCUCAAGGCUUUGGAGCUUGGCGCCGUCGAGACCCUCAUCGUCUUCGAGAACCUCGAGGUCAACCGCUGGGUUCUCAAGGAUAGCAACGGAUCCCAGGUCAUCCUGCAUACUACCAAGGCACAGGAGCAGGCCAGCCGCGAUAGUUUCAUGGACAAGGAGACAGGCCAGGAGAUGGAGGUGGUUUCCCAGGAGUCCUUCCUUGAGUGGAUUGCCGAGCACUACAAAGAUUUUGGUACCACACUCGAAUUCGUUUCCGACCGUUCUACCGAGGGCAACCAGUUCGUCAAGGGUUUCGGUGGUAUCGGCGGUAUUCUCCGCUACAAGGUCAAUUUCGAGCAGCUAGCUGACGUCAGCGACGAUGAUGAGUACUACGACGAUUGA